AGGCGCUCUCCGAGUCUCCGCUCUGAGUCUUCCCUGGAGCACAGUUUGCGGAUCACUGUUGGCAAUGACCGCUAUUGCGUUGGCACGCCGGAGCGAAGGAGGCUGCCUGAGAGGCUGGGCUCACCUAUUGAUAACCUGAGUGACAGGGAUGAUGUGGCUGAUGGUCCAGUAUUCACUAGAGGCCUCACGUGUCCUCGCAGCCUGGAGAGAUACCCAGCACAUGAAGAUCAGCCUUCCAGUCCCUUCAUCCCGAGGCACGAUGAGGAUUACCGCAGCCGAGAUGUUUUCCUGCACCGCUCCGAUUACAGUCCGCACUACGGCCGCCGGGAGGAGCUGCCUCCUCGUGCAUCUGACAGAGAUGGAGACAAACUGAGGAGGUCCCCCUACCCUCUGAGGGCAGAGGAGAGGGGCCGAGAAAUGAAGCGCCCACGGUACGAAAAGGAUGAGAAGAUGCAUGGUGUGAGUGCAGAGCAUCAGGGUUUCUCAUCAGGGACGCGGAACUACCGCAGGCGGAGCCGCAGCCGGAGUAGAAGCCUGAGCCCGUCGUACCUGAAUGAAGAAUUCCGAGAGCUUGACCGAGCAAGGAGGAAAAGAGAAGAGGAAGAGCGCAGCAGAAACUUGAAUCAUGAUGUUUCAGGCACGGGCUACACGAUCCCUGGCUUGACUAACACAUUACAGACUUCUGAGCCUCGCUAUACAUACAGGCCUGAAGAAAUCCCACCCAUGCCCAAAAAAUCUAUCUUGAAGAAACGAGUAGAGAUGGAAGUCGAGUCUGCUGUUCAGCCGGAGGGCUUUUCAAGCAGUCCAGCCCCCAGCAAGGAUUUUCCUCUUCUUUCUAGUCAGUCUUCUUUGCCCCAGAGCAACAACGUAGCUCCUUUUGCUUCUGAAGUGGAAAACUUUCUCAAAGGGUUUAACCAAGGCUCUCUGGUGGAGGCUUCAGACAAGGAGUUGCACGAAGGUUUGUGUGAGUGGAACCCACUCUCUGGGCCCCCCAAAGACACUCUGAUAUUUGAGAAGUUUGGAAGCUUCUUAAGUCACAAAGAAAAAGUAGAACCCAAGUCAGAGCCCACCGAUCGCCAUACUGACUUCCUGCUGCCUCAUGAGCGGGCCAGUCAGGAUGGCAGUGGUUUCUCCCGAAUUCUGGGCAUGAUGGCUGAUUCUGUCAGUGCUCAGGAGAAGAGGAGGCGUAGCUUUCCUGACAUUGAGGACGAAGAGAAAUUUCUUUAUGGCGAUGAGGAUGAAGAGACCAAAAUUGAAUCUCUCCCCCUAGAGAAGCCCCCAGUGAGUUGUGGCAAUGAGAUAAUAAUACAGAAAAUGAGCCCACCUCCUUCUCCUGCUCCAGCUGUCAAGAUGGAUCCUUUAGAAGAGCCAAACGCAGAGUAUGCAAAGAUCCACGACUUGCUCAAGACCAUUGGGCUUGACAUUGGUGUUGCUGAGAUUGGCAAGCUGGCUGUUCGUACCCAGGAGCGCCUCCAUGGCAAAAAGCCGGCGUCUCGUUCUCCGGAUCGCCGCUCCUCGGACGCCCGCAGGCGGGACGCCUGGGAGGUGCGCCGCAGCCGCAGUGACACUCGAUCUCCCGAGUCGGGCCAGCAGCGUUCAGCGUCACCUCCGGGCUCCUUCCCACAGCCCAAAGAUGCGUCCUCUCUUCACACAUCGGACUAUGCUAAGGGCAAGCCGGUGGGACAGGAGAUACCUCCACACGUGCCAGAACAGCCUGUUCCUUCUGUCUCUCUCAUUCCUUCAAUUCCACCAACUCCUGCUAGUUUGACACCUACACCUACUUCUGUUUCCCAAUACCAAAUUCCCAGCUAUUCCCACUACACUGCUGCUCAAAUGUCCCAAAACUAUGCCCCUCCCACAAUGGCUCCUCCAGGAUAUGAUGCAUAUGGGCACUAUAUGGCAUAUGCAGCCCCUGGCUGGCCCAUGUACCCCCCUGCCCAGCAGCCUAAUCCUACGCUACCAGAAGCUCAUGGUCUUCUUACGAUGGCCAUGUCAGCGAACCCCACGCGUCCCAAUCUGCGGGUGAUUGAGACAGUCUCUCUGGGAAAGGAUGUCCCUGAUGUUAAAAGAGACGGUUCUGUGCUUGUUCAAGUCCCUACCACUCCUUCUCAUUCCAAAGCACCCCUUCGUCUGUCAUCACACGCUCUCAAAAAUACCACAGAAAGGAUGUCGGAUGAAAAAAACCGGGCAGCUCAAAAGCAGAAGGUGAUAGAAGAGAGAGAAAAACUGAAGACUGAUCGAGAAGCACGGCAGAAGAAGCUCUACUAUCUCAAGACUGAAUUGGACAGGCUUCGUAAACAGCAAGGCGAGAUGUUGAGGAAAAAACGUCGUGAGAAGGACGGACACAAAGACCCCUUGUUGGUUGAGGUGAACAGACUACAAGAGAAUAUUAUGAAGGAGAUUGCAGAGCUGCAUAAAGAAUCUGAUGCAGCUGACAAGAAGCAGUCUGAGCUUGACAAAGUAGCACAAAUCCUGGGGAUUAACAUAUUUGAAAAACCCCGGAAACCGUCUGUGGAAACUAAAGAUUCCUCGGAAAAGAACAGCAAGUCAGAAAAUGCAAAAGGUGUAGAGAAGACAUCUUCCUCCAACAAGGAAUCAAAAACUACUAAUGAAAAAUCGAGAGGUAGAAGCCCGAAGCCAGCAGAAUCCUCUUCACAGUCCUCCAAACAUCCUUUCCAGUUGGCCAAUAUUUAUGAAUAUUAUGAUGCAGGGAACCACUGGUGCAAAGACUGCAAUACCAUCUGCGGGACCAUGUUUGACUUUUUCACACACAUGCAUAAUAAGAAACAUAGACAGACCCUGGAUCCUUACAACAGACCUUGGGCUUCGAAGACCCAGAGCGAGACCAAACAAGAGUCCAUAAAACGCAUUGAUAAGAUAACGGUUCCUGCCAAAGGCUCUGAGUUUCUGAUUCCCAUCACUGGAUAUUAUUGCCAGCUCUGUCAUGAAUUUUUUGGAGAUCAGAUCUCAGCAGAGCAGCAUGUGAAAAGUCAUCCCCACAAUGAGAAGUAUAAGAAAUACAUAGAUGAAAACCCACUCUAUGAAGAGAGGCGAAAUCUGGACCGUCAGGCUGGACUGGCUGUGGUUCUGGAGACAGAGCGCAGGCGGCAAAACGAGCUGAAACGGAAACUGGUUGAGAAACAGAAGGAAGAGAAGGAUGAGAAAACCCCAAAACUAAUAAAGAAGGAGGAAGUAAAGAGCAUCCCAGAGUCAGGAGAAGGGAAUAAUGAAACCCAAGGCAAAACAGAUUCUUCUGGGCGAAAAAUGGGUAUUACGGUAAAGCUAAAGAAGGAAGAGAAGGCAGAAGAGAAGAAAGAAGAAAAGAAAGAGGAAUUGAAAAAGGAACCACCAAGCCAGACCUCCUUUGGAAAAUUCAGCUGGAAAAAGACUGAGAGAGAGGAUAAAAUGCCAGGAGCUGUUACAAAGGAAGAGAAUACAGAAGGAAACAAAGAGGAGAACAAGUGUCAAUCUUUGAAAUCCCAUAUAAAGCCCAUUGAAAUCAAGCUGUCUGGGAAAACUGUUAUUCCACACACUAGUCCAUGGAUACCAGUUGUUUCCACACCGACACCAACAAAAAUUCUUCCCAAUUUACCAGUCCCCACCAUGAUUUUCAGGAAGUCUAAUACUGCAACAGUUAGUAAACCACCACCUUUGAACACCUUUUUAUCCAUAAAAUCCUCUGGAACUACCACCAAACCACUGCCAGUGGUAAAAGAAACAAAUGCAGAUCUUCUGCUGCCUCCAGAUAUCAUAUCAAAAGCUUUUGGAGGAGAAGAAGUAAUUUUAAAAGGCUCAGGGGAGGAUUUGAAAGCAGCAGAGAAAAAUGAGUCUUCUCAGCCUGCAGAUAGACUACCUCCACCAGCAGUCCAGCCAGCAGCUCUCAUCCCUGCAGAUGAAGUAGCUCCAGGUGUGUCUGAAAGUGAACAGACAAUGUUGGCAAUGCCUGUGAGACCACCACCACCGUCAACUGCUUUCAGUGAACAAGCAAAAAAGAUAGAGAAACGAAAUUCUUGCUUGGCCACAGCCAAUGCUAAAGAUCUCUAUGAUAUUUUCUACAGUAGUGGUGGAAAGGGUUCAGCUGACAGCAAGCUUGCAAGUUCUGCGCUUCCAAAUGGAGAAAACCCUAACAUAACAAAACCUGCAGAUUCAUCUGCAACUCACAGAACAAAUAGUAGCUCAUCCUCAUUGAAAGAGGAUUCUGAGGCUGUGGAUUCCUCACAGUGUAAUAGUCACAUGACAGGGAGUUUGGUUCCUGUUGAAAAUCAGGCUGAAAUGAACAAGAAGUCACUUCAGCCUCACCUAUCAGAAAUGUCAGUCACAGAAUUACCAGGAAAAAAACCUGUUUCUGGUAUCCAGAUGCCUGCAGAAAUUGGACUUGUUGAUACAGGAGGUGGAGAGCAGGCAGGCAGGCUGGAAUUCUGUGAUCUACAGAAAUCUGAGGUCCAAAAGAAGGUUGGACAGGAAGAUGGAAAUAAAACUCCAGUUACAAACACAAAUGUUCCUGGUACCUUGGAGACAGAGACAAAAGACUGGGAAAUAAAAGCAGGAAAGCCUAAGCAUAGUCUACACACAAAGACUUUGUUACCUGAGACACAGAGCGAAAUUAAAAGUUUGGGAAAUUCCCAUUUGGUGAAGUUAAAUGAUAACUGUAGAACUCACUUAGAAACUGAUAGUCCAGACUUGCUCUGGGGCACUUCCAGAACUAGUAAUGGAAAAGAACAGAUAGUCACAACUCAUUCUUGUUCUGAAAGUAGUUGGGAUCUAUCAAAUACUCCAAAUCCAGAAAUAAAAUCUGGUUCUAAUGAGGUUGAUGCUUCAGAAUUGACAGAGGGACAGACAAAAACUAAAAGUACCUUAUUAGAAGCUCAAGAAAAAGUUAAACCUAAACCUUCGGGCCAUACGGUGUUAGAUAACCAAACCCAGAAGCAGGGCGUUGAACGGUUAGUCAAUACCUGCUCAAACAUUGCUGAACUCAGAUCCAAUCUUGAAUUAGUAGCUGAAAAUGAAAAAAAGUCAUUAGGACACACUGGAUCUGAUGCAAGAUUAGAUAAUUUUCUUUUCAAGAGACCAUCAGAGGAUGUGAAACACAUGAAGACUCCCUCCCAGAAAGCAGAGCUUGAAUUGAAAAGCACUGAUUUAAAUCUGGGAGACAAUAAGGUAAAACAUGAAUGUUUCAGCAUCCUUUCAGAAAGACUUUUAAAGGAAAAUACAGAAGAAGUAAAAAAAAUAGAAACUAUUGCGUCCAUUAGGCUAGAGUCCAGUAAACUUAAAAAACUGGGCAUUGAAAGAACAGUGAAUGAAACAGAGAUUACUGAUUUUACUACAUUGACUUCUGAUAGUUGUGAAGAUAAAAUUUGCACACGGAUUUCUCAGAAACCUAUGCUGCAGCCUGGAUCACAGACCUCAAAUAGUGACACUACAGAAGUGGUCAUGCCAGUUCUAGAAAUGCAGGGCAUUUCUCCCACGUCUGAGAUACUUGUGCAAGUGAAGGGGAGCAAAGGUGGCACUGUUGAAAUGCUGUCUCUGAGUUGUGACAGAGGCAGCACAGAAAGUCAGGCUUCUGGGUGCGUGGAAACUUUAAUGCCUGGGCUCAAAGAAACACAUGGGAAGGUGGGUGGCUCAGGAGGCAAGGGAAUGUGCACCAUCCAGAGCAAGAAGACUGAGCAAACAGAAGCUCCUGACAGUAGUUUGGAAGCUACAAUGAAACCAGGAAUUUCUGAAAGCAUAGCAGAAAGCCCAGUGGGUUGAAGUAAACCCAGCCAGUCCCAAUAUUUGAGGAGCCAGAGCUGGGAUUAUGUAUAUGGUUUUUGUUUGUUUUUCUUUUUGUUCCAGCUGAGAGUUUUGGGUGUGUUUUGCAUUCUGUGGUAGGACUUGACUAAAGUGAAACGUAAAUCAUCAGAAGGCAGUCACAUACUUUAUUCUGUUCAUAAUUAAUUGUGUAAAAUGUUUUUUCAUGUGAAUUUUGUUGCCAAUUUCUUUUCUACACUCUGCUAUUAAAAUGGAAUCUCGUUUAUAAAGCGUGCGUCUUCUUUAUUUUGGGGGCUUUUGUUCUUUGACCAUUCCUGGUCAAAGAUUUCCAGCUCACCCAGUUUGUGUCAGUAGCACCGUGAGUAGCCCAGCUGCUGAGACAAACUCAAGAACAGCAAUUUAGAACUGAGGAAAUGGAGACUUUCAGAAGAACUAAAACCCAAAAUUUCUUUGAACUGUAAUGCAUGGGUUCGAUUCCUUUUGUUUUGAAAUGCAAGAAUGUGUUCAGAGUUGAUUUUAUUUGUCUGUUUUAUCUGUCUCUGUGCUUUGUAAUUCCUGUUGUAUUACAUCUGUACUUAAGGUGUUUCAGUGUAUUGUAUAAGCACAUGUAUGGAUGGCACAUCACUAAGCAAGGGGAGAAAAUCUGUCCCGACUGGCUUUUGGAGAAGAAAACCAAUCGGUAAGGCUCUGUGGCCUGACACCUGGACCAGACAUAUUGAGGUCACUUACAUGAUUUGAAAUGGGCUUGCUUUCAUUUUAUUGUGAUCCAGUAACUAUUUGUGUUAAAUCAUUUAGCAGCUGACCAGCUCUGAAGAAGUAGAAGAUCAGAACCCUGGUGUCAGGAAUUGGACUCGCUUCAUGUGAUACAGACACAUGCAUGCCUACCCUGAAUGGUCCCUGAACUAUUGAGUGUGAUGGUUCUCAUUUGUAUAGCUUGUUAAAGACUAAAGUAUUAAAUGUAUUUCCUUGGAUAAAUAUAACAUUUUUAUUUGUAAAUUGUUUAAAAAAUAAACAUAUGAAGGUCAACAAGGCUUUCUUCUUGAUUUUUUUUCCUUAACUCAUUAGAAGUGGUUUUUUUCAAUUAGUUUCUGACUCCUGUAGUAGUUGAUAAAAUUGAGAAACUGUAGAGGAUGAAGAUACUCAACAGUUAGCCUUCUCAGUAAAAACCAGUUUAUUCUCAGCUGAAGUCAAUGGAAGAACUACUGUCAACAUCAUCAGUGGAAGUCUGUUUGAAGUCCUGAACCCUGUGUAAAACCAGAGGUGGGGCAUCAGGGAGGGACGCCAGCAGAGCUUGAAUUUCUGUAAUCACUGCCUGCACAUGGACCUCUGGAGAAGGCAAAAUCACCGUUUGUCUUCGUUUUCCAUAACUGUGUGUGAGGAAGGUAUGAAAUGUUUCUCAGAGUCUUGCAGUGUUUUCAUACAAGAAAUAUAAGAACUGUCUAAGCUGAAUUUGGAAAUCUAGUAUAAGUGAUCAAGUCAACAGUAAAAAGAUAAUUCAGAAGAGAAGAGAGUUUUGAGAAAAUCUCUUUGAGCUGGUUUUGUGAUGUUAAGCAGUUACUGCAUUGAAUAUAGGAAAUCUUUGUUAGUAUUGUUGCCCUACUUUCAUCAGGUAGCUGAUUGACUGUCAAAACCAAAGCAAGCAAGGUUUGACAUGCUUUGAUAGUUUAAAAUGGAGUUGGGCAAUGAGUAGAGAUUACUUUAAUCCCGAUUUAUAAAAAAGUCCUUUGUAGUUACGUCUUGGUUUUCUCCUGUAUUUUUUGUCAUAUACUUGAGUUUGUUUGUUUACAUUUGACAGAUAAAUUUUUCCCAAUGUUUUUCCCAGUUUUUUCAGUAAAGUGCUUGGUUUCUUGUAAAUCCACAGAGGAGGAGGGGAAUUGAUUUUCUUACCUGCCUUAUAUUGAGAGAUAUAAUUGCAGGGAAGGGAAAUAUUGAAGGGAAGGCUGAAUUUUUUUAGAGUUCUGCACUUUAGAUAGUGCUGUUUUGAAGUACAUGCUUUCUGGUUAGUUUCCUUCUGCAGAUUGGUUUUCAUGAAGGUUUCAGUGCAUACAGUGGCAAACAGUAAUCUGGGCAGUCUCCUUCAGACAACCUUAUUUAAUGCUGUGUUAUCUGUGUGGAACUUAAUUUUAAAAAUUAUUUUUGGGGAAAGGACAAUAUAAUUCUGUUAUCCUUGUUCUGUGCUCUGCAGUUGCUUCUACAAGUAGUGGUUGUGGUCAGUGCUGAACGUGGCUGGCCAUGAAUGGAGAGGAGCUAGUGCCAAGCAAGAACUUUGCAAAGGAGAAACUGGAAGUUGUUACCCCAUAUGUGUCUAAAGCUUUCCAGAAUAUGAAUUUUCCUGUGGUCCAAAUUAAAUACCACUUCUCUUCAUGCCCUUUAGUCUAUCUCUGAGAGCAGGUAGGGCUCUUUACUCCUGGAAGGAAGAUUAACUUGGUCUCUUUUGGGGAAGAAGUAAACAGUAAUCCUUGAACCUCUGGAAUGGCCAAGAACAUGAUGGGUGGUGUAGGUGAUGAUAGGCAGAUUGGCUGACAGAGGCAUUAACACUGUAAUUUCAUUAAAUGGCAUGUAUUUUUAUUUAUGUAUUUUUUCUUUUCUUCUUUCUUUUUUUUCCUGUUUUUUUUCCCUGUGGUUUCCAGAGGCUUGCAGUAAAUGAUUUAUCCACUGUGCUCGUUCCCUGUGCUGGCAGAGCUGUAGCAUAGUGCACUGACUGGGAAGCCUUGUUUCUAGGCUGGCCUUGGACUCUUCCAGAUCCUCAGGAGGAGGGGUAAGUUAAUGGGGAUUUACUUGUCUGUUUGAAUGGUGCAAUACAUUACCUCUCCUUCCUGACAUACUUCUCUAAAAACUGCACAAAGCACAAGAAGUUACCUUUUUCCUGGUUUUCAGAAAGCUGAUAGGAAGGAAACAAAUAUCGUUUGAAUGUUUCUAUCUUUACACUACUUCAAACCAGGCACAAAUACCUAGUAAAUUUAAAGAACAAUGGAUUAACUCUUAAAUGAUUUGAUGCUGUAACCUUUAGUUUGUCAUGAUGUAGGCUAGCACAUCCUUUCUCCUGGAUGAAGAUUGCUGCAAAACCAGGCUUGAUUAAGAAGCAGUGGGAGAAGAGAGGUAGAAAAGCUGCAGUCAUCCUAUCAAUCUGUUUUUAGGCCAGGUGGGUUUUUAAUUCAUCUUCCAGUCUCUUUGAAUAUACGUUUGGAAAGGAGAAGAAAUCUUCAAAUGUUUUAGGCAAAACACAGUAAAUUUUCCUGGGGUAGUCAGUUGGGUAGGUAAACAUUGCUUCUGUCUUGCUGGAAUCUUGUCUUUGACUAAGUUUUAACUAAGCAGUAGAUAGGCUUUUGGGGGGGUUUUUGUUUGGUUUAGAAUUUUAAAUAGCAUGUGAGCAGGGAAGAAAUGUAGUAACUAUCAUUUUGUUACUAAAUUUUUUCCAAAUGUAUUUGUGCUCUAGUGCUAAAAAGUAUAAGAGAUUAUACUUUUAUAUUAGUAGAUUAAGAUAUGAGGUCUCUGCUGUUUGGCAGAAUUAUCAUGCUGUUUCUGGAAUCAUCAUCCCUGGAAGUAUUCAAAAGACAUUUGGAUGUGGCACAUGGGUCAGUGGUGAACUGACCCAGUGGUGCUGGGUUAAUGGUUGGAUUCAAAGAUCUUAGAAGUCUUUUCCAAUCUUUGUGGGUUUAUGAUUCCUUAAUUUUUGCCAAGGGUGGAAAUAAAUGCCUAAUUCUUAUCUAAGAGAAGCUUCACAAAGAACUUAAAUUUUUUCAUGGAAACAGUAGGGAAUGUGGGCAAAGGUCAAUUAUUUUUUUAUCCUGGUAAACCCCAAACAGUUUUUAGAAAUACCUAUGAAGUAAGUGAUGGUAGCAGCAAAAAACCACAACCAUCCACCAAGCUAGUGCAUCCCAUGACAGAACUAUAUUUCUUUAGUGCAGAGAGCAAGAGAAGCCACCUGAGACAGGUUUUCAUGUGGUGCCUGAUGUAAUACUGUGCUGGUUUAUUAUUAUUAUUAUGUUCUCUCAGAACAUUACAAAAGGUUAAAGGGAGCAAAAUCAUUCUCUGAGACAGACCUCAGUCCUUUUGUGCCUGCUGGGUUAUGUACAAACAGCCUACGUGCCAGCAGUGUGGGAGUACAAAGCAGCCAUAAAAUUUAUUUUACUUGACUCCUCUGCUUCUGUCUGGCACAAAGAAGAAGAGGGAGAUGCAAGUUCUGGUUGCUAGACUACCCUUUCUGUCAGCUAUUUUCAGACAAUAUGGAUGUAUUCAUGUUUGUGACCAACUUGAGCAGAAUAGCCCAGCUGCACACUGUUGUAUUCUGCCUUAGAGCAGAAAUCCAAGGCUCCACAGUUAGGUUCUGGGUUUUGUUUUCUGAUCCCACCUCCACCUCUUCUUGGGCUGUCAUCUUGUUUGUGAUGAGAAGGCUGAUUACUGUAUGGUAGCAGUUCUAGGCUCUGGUAAAAUGAGUCAAGCUGCUGCUACAAUUCCCGUGAAGCUGUCCAUCAGUGAUGGAUGCAGAGAGCAGAGCCAUUAGAAUUGGUUGGGCAGGUGGUGGAGAAUAGUUGAACACCUGCAGGAAAUAAAAGCUGCAUCAGAGCUGCUUCAAGGCAAACAGUAUUCCCUUCUCCAGCAGCCUCACUGAAGAAUCUUCAUUUUACAGAUGGUAGAGCACACAAGGUGAUGUUUUCAAUUCUUAAUCAAAUACAGUUUUUUUUCAAGAAGCUGCUUUUGUGGGGGAGUUUCAGCCACAACCUAAGUAACACUGAAAUACUACAAGCCAUUUGUGUUACCACCCUGUUUAAUUUCCUUACAAACUUUAGAUGAAUGUAGAAACAAAAUAAUGCUUUAGGAGCCGUGGUAGCUGUGGUGGAUGAAAAGCCCUGUAAUAGCUAUCUGGUAAAGAAAUUAUAGGGAUGGUCUUCAUAUCAGAUCUCACAUUAAGCUGCAUUCAUA